AUGACUUCAACCAGCGAGUCCGACUCGGCGGUCACCCGCCUGAUCAUCGUCUUCACAGUUAUGGCUUCCUUAGCCGGCGUAACCCUGGGCUUCAGAUACUACUGCAAGCACCGCUACGCCAAGCAGCUAGGCGUCGACGAUCUCCUCUUGGGUAUCUCCUUUCUCAUCCUCUCCGCCGCCGCCAUCUGCGCCGCCGUUGCCACCCGCCACGGCUUUGGCUACCACAUCUGGACCAUCCACCCACCCACACGAGCCAUAUCAGCCGCCAGGAUCGUCUUCAUCGGCGGAGCCUUUGUGUUUUUCGGCAUCGCGCUGGCCAAGACGUCCAUCUGCCUGACGCUGUUCAACAUCGCACGCAAAAAAUGGCAGAGGUACGCGCUCGUCUUCGUGGCGGCGUCGGUGCUGGUGACGAAGCUGUUGUCGGGCAUCUUUAUUUUCGUCUCGUGCUCGCCUGUCCAGAAAAGGUGGAAUCCGACGGUCAAGGGAAGGUGUUGGGAUAUUAAUGUGCUUUGUCGGUAUUGGUCUUUUUCGGGAGACUCGGCAGCAGAGCUAGUCGUCUGGGAAUCCGCCGAGCUAGCAGUCGCCAUCAUUGCUGUUUCCAUCCCAUUUGGACGUCUAGCGGUCCAAGACUACUUCAAGAGGAAGCGAGCACGAUCCGCAGGAAAUACCACCAGUCAGGCUAGCGGGACACGAGGCACACAGCCGGCCACGUCCGAGUCAACAAUGGUUCGGAGGGUUGGUAAUGAUGCUGACGACGAGGUGCCUCUUGCCCGGCGACUACCGAAUCCAACGGUCAAUACUGGAGACAAAUCCAGUACAGUCUCCAUGGAGCAGUUUCUGCGCUCUGUUCCAGAGAUGCCGGGAGCGUGGAGAGACUCGGGCGGAAUCAUGCUAACGAGGGAGUUUUCGGUGGGAAGACAUCGAAGAGAUGUUUCCGAAGAAGAGGUGGGAUUUCGAGCCUGGUCGCCGCCGCCGCCGUCAAAUGUUUGA